UAGUUGGUUUACAAACUAAUAACUAACAAUGCAGUAACAAUCAAUUUGUUGACCUUUUUUUCAUUUUGCGAUAAAAUUUAUUUAUUAUGGAAGUGCAAAACCAAUUUUUACGCGUUAGAAGUUGCAAAUCUUCACUAUCAUGGUUCCUUCCUUGUUGAUUUUGGGUCAGGCGUCGUCGCCAAAUAAAUGUGUCUUUGUUGCGUCAUCAAAAGGCGACUAUGUUCAGCCGUAAAUAUCGGGAAUGGAGUCGGAGCGGCAUGGAAAAACACCCCAGAUAUUUUUUUAAAAAUUGUAAGAUUUAUACUGAUCGUACAGAGUUAUAUUUUACAAGUCAAUUUCUCAUGUUCCGCGUAUUGUUUUCAAGCCAUAAAGCAGAGAAAAAUUGCUACAACGCGCUAAAGAUUGAUCAAAUAUUAAAUCCUAUAUUUUGGUGUGGCAAAUUAGACAUUUAAGUCGCUCGUGACAUUCAGAUGCCUGUUGAGCGAGUAUAACUGAAUAUAAGAUGCAGGAUUACAGUGUGAUGAGGGAGGUCAUUUUGUACCUGCUUUGAAAACAUCGAGGUGAUUUCCGGGGCAUUCUGGAGAAACAAAGAUGGUGCAGUCUUUGGUGAAGCUGUGCGCCCGGGAGGUGGUGAGUGACCACAGCUCCUCGCCGUGUUGGUUGAGUUGUGUGCCGCGGGAGCUCUACCGAGCGUUACUGGACGCUGCCUUCACCCACUGCCGUCCUCUAGCUGUCGGUGAGCUCGUCCAGCGGUGGCCCGAGAGAACACUGACCGUUGGAGGCAGCAGAAAAGCGGACGAGUGUCCCCCGAACCGCCUCUGCGUCCAGGCUCUGCUGCUGGCUGUGGUCAGGGGACUGACGGACAAGAGGUGUUGCCUGCAGAUACUGGAUCUCAGUGGACUUCAGUGUGAAAAUGGGAGAGUUGAGGACUCGAUGGGCGGAUGGUCCCUCAGUGUUGCCCUUUGCUCAAUGGUGCUACAAGCUCGAGCUGCUGCCUCCAGGGCUCACAGGAGAGAUGGAGAGAGAGAGAGAAAAAGAGGACUGGAAGCAGAACGCAACCGGGGCUCUAUCAAACGAGACCGGGGCAAGGUAGUGUCUGGGAAUAGUGGUCAAGGGAGUCAGGGAGGACACGAAGCGCAAGAAGUAGAGAAGAUGGAGUGCAAAACUAAUGAACGGAUGUUACCAGAAGAUGAGUCAGUGAAGGGUGUCAGGAGGAGGAUGGAGAUCCAGAGAAGAAAGACUUUAUCCGAGGGGAAAUCAAACACCAGCAGUAAUAACAGUAGUUUAUGCGACCAAGACUGGGACGAGGUAGUUGUGGUCCAUGUCAGGACUGACCUUUUUGUUAAUUCUCGUUCCUGGGAGCGUGUCCGUGAUGCCCUUAGUCAGCCAGGUCCACUACGGCUCCACUGCCGCUACCUCCGCGUGGAGGAACUCUCGGCACCCUCCAUAGCUUGCUUGUUGGGUCUCUUGCCUCAGCAAAAUCUGCUAGGUGUGGACAUCCGCUACUCCAGCCUUGGGGCGUCAGGCCUGGCUAUGCUGCUUCCACUGUUAGCACCUUUUCCUCAGCUGCACUCUCUGAGACUGCAUUACUGUAACUUGGAUUUACAACGCACUCAGCCUGGCCAGCAGGGGGCACUUCAGGACAUGUCUAAAGGACUGAGUUCACUGAAGAAACUAAAGAGAUUAUGCCUGACUGCACUCCGACUGCCAGGACACCUGCGCCUGCUGCUCAGCUCUCUUUCCCAGCCUCUGGAGGUGCUGGAGCUGCCAUACCUGUGCCUGACCUCCACGGACCUGGCCUACCUCUCCUGCAGCCAGCACGCUCCAUUCCUGAGAGAACUUGACCUGAGCGAGAACUGGCUCGAUGAAUCGUCCCUGCCCUCUCUGCGCCGUCUCUUAGCUCAAGCCCAGAACUCUCUGUGCCAGCUUUCACUCUGUGGUUGUGGUCUCUCAGACACUCUCCUGGGUGCUCUUCUUCCCUCGCUGUCCUGCUGUCGGGCUUUACGUAGCUUAAGACUGGCCUUAAACCCGCUCUCUAGGACGGGACUGCUUUCCCUGGCCCGUACAGCGGCAGGAAUGCCUUCUCUUCGUCUGCUGCUCUAUCCCAAUCCACUAGAGGAAUAUGAGCCUGGUCUGCCGGCUCUCCCCUCCAGUGCUCAGCUGCUGGAUUGGCGUCUGUUAGAGGAGUCUGAGGACAGGGACUUGACUAGGAGGUUGCUGGAAGAGGUUCUGAACUUGAGAGGACGAUCCCGGGACCUUCUAGUGACCUCUGACCUUUUAAAUUAUAGUCCCGACUUAACUGUGGAUGAUUAG